AUGGACUUCUUCGAUAGUCGCAACUACAGACUCAAUAAAAUUUUACUAUUGGCAAUUGGCCAAUGGCCUUACCAAUCGUCCAAGACGAGCUGUAUCAUAGUCAUCGUCAUAGCUACUAUAGCUUGUUCGCAAUUUCUUACGAAGUUGUGCGGCAUGUUCUCCUAUAUUCAUGACUUGGACAUUGUGAUCGAGUGUCUUACUCCGAUAAUGAUUGACAUAUUAGGUAUAACAAAAGUAGUGAAUUCCAUACUGUGCAUGAAUGAGAUGAGGGCAUUGCUGGAUCAGAUACGAGAUGAUUUUUGGUCAUUGAAAAAUGCUAGCGAUAUAGAAAUUCUUCAAAAGUGCGCGGAUAAUGGCAGAAAAUUCUCAUCCAUUUACAUUUACACAUUGUAUGCACUAAUGGUAAUUUUUAUGUUGACACCGUUGCCACCGUUAAUUUUCCACGAUGCCAAUGAAACAACUCGUCCAUUGUUACACAUAGUCGAAUAUUAUGUCGAUAUGGACAAAUAUUAUGUUCCGAUUUUAAUUCACGGAUAUCUCACUGUUGCAAUUUGCGUCACUUCCGUCGUUGCAACUGACGCAAUAUUCGUGAUACUUGUACAACAUGUUUGCGGGAUGUUUAUCGUAACUGGCUUGCGGCUAGAACGAGCGUUACAGGAAAAAUAUGUGACAGACGUCAAUCUUCCGAUUACGGAAGAUACAGCGUAUCGAAAUAUGAUACAGUGUGUUUACGAUCAUAGAGGUGCUAUAAGGUUCAUCGAUCUCAUGGAAGCUGCAUAUUCCAAGCACUUUUUGUUCUAUGCUGGAUUCAAUAUGCUGACUAUAAGCGUCACAGGUGUUGGGGCUGUGACAAAAAUGAAUAAUCCGUCUGAGCUUCUUAAAUUAAUAGCAGUGACGUGGGCGUUACUAUUCCAUCUCUUCUUCGAAUGUUUGAAUGCUCAGAGGUUAAUAGAUUAUAGCGGAUAUUUUUAUACUACUCUAAUAAAUUUAAAUUGGUAUAAUACAUCGACUAGAACGAAAAAGCUUAUUCUUUUCAUGAUGAUGAAAGCGCGUCCGCCUUGUGUAUUAACGGCCGGCGGUAUGUUUGUUUUAUGCAUGGAAUCAUUCGCUACGAUAAGGGCACUACUCGAUCGAAUACGACAUGAUUUUUGCUCGUUAAGAAAUUUCAGGGAUAUAGAAAUUCUUCGAAAGUGCGCGGACAGCGGCAGAAAAUUCUCAUCUAUUUACAUUUACACGAUGUAUACAUUAACGUUAAUUUUUAUGUUGACGCCUUUGCCACCAUUAAUUUUAAACAUCGCCAAUGAAACGUCUCGGCCAAUGUUGCAUAGAGUCGAAUAUUAUGUUGACAUGGACAAAUAUUACUUUCCGAUUUUAAUUCAUGGAUAUCUUACUGUUAUAAUUUGCGUCACUUCUAUCGUCUCGAUCGACGCGAUAUUCGUAAUAUUUGUGCAACACGUUUGCGGGCUGCUUAUCUUAACUAGCUCGCGAAUAGAACGAGCUAUAGAGGAGAAACAUUGGACAGAUGUCAAUCUGCCGAUUUCGGAGGAUAAAGCAUAUCAAAAUAUGGUACAGUGUGUUCACGAUCAUAGAGCUAUUAUAAGGUUCGUCGAUCUCAUAGAAGCUGCAUAUUCCAAGCAUUUUUUGUUUCAUGCUGGACUCAAUAUGAUAACUAUAAGCAUCACGGGUGCUGGGGCUGUAUCAAAAUUAGACGAUCCGUCUGAGCUUCUUAAAUUAAUAGCAGUGACGUGGGCGUUAUUAUUCCAUCUAUGUUUCGAAUGUUUAAAUGCUCAACAAUUAAUAGAUUAUAGCGAAUAUCUUCAUACUAAUCUAAUAAAUUUAAACUGGUAUGAUGCAUCGGCCAGAACGAAAAAGCUCGUUCUUUUCAUGAUGAUGAAGACGCGUCCGCCUUGUGUAUUAACGGCCGGCGGUAUGUUUGUUUUAUGUAUGGAAACAUUCGCUACGAUUGUGAAAACUGCUGUAUCGUAUUUCACUUUCCUACGCUCGGCGCAAUAAACUCGGAUUCUCCUUUUUGAAAGUGAAAUUAACGUAAUGUCAAUGAUAUCAAAAAAUGGCAAUCAUCGACCGUGAGCUAUAGAAAAUUUUAC